CCAGUUCCCAUAAUGACAUAAAUCCAAAUUCUUUACAGCAGUCCCGCCGCCACUCACCAAAUUGGCCGCCAGGGCUCCGUCCUCUAGCGGCUCCGUCCGGUGGUCCGGCCAGCUGCCUAGCUCCCUCCGACGGUCCGGCCAGCACCGCCUCCUGCUCGCGGCCUUGCCCAGCUCCUCCGCCCUCCGGUGAGACGUAGAUCUUGGUGCGGCAGGGCGCUACGGGGGCGGGGUGGUGCUGUUGUGCGUGUGCUGGUGGCCUGGUGCUAGCAACCGAGUACUAUGGAUCACGAAUGAUGUAUUGUAUGCAAUUCGGCCCGGAGCGUCACUAAAUCCUGGAUCCGCAUUGGCCGCAGGGCCAGUGGCCAGUGUCCAGCCUGCCAGCUCAGCCCGGCGGCAAGCGCCCAGCGGCUGGCUCGGGCAGCGGCCAGUGGCGAGCAGCCGACUCGUUUCUUCGGCGUUCUCCGCCACUGCCCCCCAGCUAUGCACCCUGUUCCAGUCCCCUCCCAGCCCUUUACCGCAACUCCUGCAAAAAAACUUGUUUCAAGGAGCACUGCUGUGAGGAAGGCCAUCCAUUUUGUCAACCUGUGGACAGCUGGAAGGUCUAGUGGAAACCUGGCUAUGAACUCCGUACCAAAACCCGCCCCUGGGUCCGAAACAUCUGGGAGGGAGGAUUUUGCUGUGGGGGAUAAGGAUGCUGUGGUCAUUGUUGAUCAUGGGUCAAGACGCCAAGAAUCCAAUCUCAUGCUAAAUGACUUUGUUGAGAUGUUCCGGGCGAAGACUAGCUAUAGGAUUGUUGAGCCUGCUCAUAUGGCCAGCAGGGAGGAAGGAGAGCUGCAGGGGAGCGAGAAGGAGGAGAGCUGCGGGGAGGGAGGAGAGCUGCUGACGGCUGAGAGGGAGAUAGAUAUUUGUGCUGGUGAGGAGCUAGCGGAGCCUACUAUAAAGGAUGCUUUUGGAAAAUGUGUGCAACAAGGAGCAUCCCGAGUUAUUAUCAGUCCAUAUUUCCUUUCCCCUGGACGACACUGGAAGCAAGACAUUCCUGCUUUAGCAGCAGUGGCAUCAAAGGAGCACUCAAAUAUACCCUAUAUUGUCACUGCCCCUCUUGGGCUGCAUGAGCUUAUGGUGGUAUGUGCUUGAUAUCAUGAAUGAUCGCAUCAAGUACUGCCUGCGACAUGUUGCGGGUGAUGUCGAUGAGUGUACAGUGUGUGCCGGAACUGGAAAGUGCCGCAUGUACUCCUGAUGGAGCAUACCUGGGAAUUGUUUCUGGAGAAUACGAGAUCUGACGAGUGUAUAUCUAGGUCCGCUGUGUACCGUGAAACCAAAAGCUUGUACAGUUCAUUCUGAACAGAUCGUCAGAAUUAGACAAGUGCCAAAUUAGUUAUGCUGUGCAUGCUUGCGAACAUCAAUAACGAUUCAUUAGCUAAUCUUGAGUUUAUUUACGUCACGAACAAACUCAGUCAAGUGCUCUGAUAUUUCCAUUCACAUGUUAUCUAUAUUCCUGCUACCUUGUAGUUGAAUUAGACUUAUUGCCUUAACAUGGAUCAAAUGAGAAUAUAAUGUACCCUUGUUUGAUUUGCCA